UUUGAUUUUGAUCCUCACCAAACCUUCAAAAAAUCAGGCGAUCGAAGAAUGAAAGGAGGAGGAACAACGAGCUGGACGACGACGUCAGUGCGGAGGAGCGGGUACAAGGCGGUUGUCGACGGAGUCGGGGGACGGCGACGAAGAGAGGAAGACAUGGUUGAGAUCCGCAAAGCCAAGCGAGAGGAGAGCUUGCUCAAGAAGCGUCGCGAGGCUCUUCCUCUUCCUCAUUCUCCUCCUCCCUCCGCCGCCGUUUCUCUCGAUCAGAAUUUGAUAAGCCGUAUCUGGUCUGACAAGAAGGAGCUGUUGAUCGAGGCUACUACUCAGAUCAGAACGUUACUUUGUGGUGAAAUGUUUAAUGUACAUGUUGAAGAAGUUAUACAAGCUGGUUUGGUUCCACGCUUUGUGGAGUUCCUUACGUGGGAUGACUUUCCCCAGCUUCAGUUUGAAGCGGCUUGGGCUUUAACAAAUAUUGCAUCUGGAACGUCUGAGAACACUGAAGUGGUGAUUGAUCAUGGAGCUGUUGCAAUACUAGUGAGACUUCUAAGCUCACCAUACGAUGGGGUCCGUGAACAGGUUGUGUGGGCAUUAGGAAAUAUUUCUGGAGACUCUCCUAGAUGCCGUGAUAUAGUCCUUGGACAUGGCGCUCUACCUUCUUUGUUGUUACAGUUAAACAAUGGAGACAAACUUUCUAUGCUUGUAAACGCCGCUUGGACUUUGUCUAAUCUUUGCAGAGGGAAGCCACAGCCUCCCUAUGACCAGGUGAGUGCUGCAUUACCAGCUCUUGCACAACUCAUUCGGUUAGAUGACAAGGAACUCUUGGCUUAUACGUGCUGGGCGCUGGUGUAUAUCUCUGAUGGUUCAAAUGAAAAAAUACAGGCCGUUAUUGAAGCCAAUGUUUGUGGGCGACUUAUUGGUCUUUCGGUCCACCGUUCACCUUCAGUUGCCACUCCUGCUCUUCGCACCAUUGGCAUUGUUGUAACUGGAAAUGAUAGUCAAACUCAGUAUAUAAUUGAUCUACAAGCGCUCCCAUGCUUGCUAAAUCUUCUAAGAGGACCCUAUAACAAGACCAUCAGGAAGGAAGCUUGUUGGGUAGUCUCUAAUAUCACAGCUGGCUGUCAAUCACAGAUUCAGGCUGUAUUUGAUGCUGAUAUAUGUCCUGCACUUGUUAAUCUGCUCCGGAACUCUGAGUUUGAUGUCAAGUAUGAAGCUGCUUGGGCUAUCUGCAACGCUAUAGCUGGUGGCUCUUACAAGCAAAUCCUGUUUCUUGUAAAGCAAGACUGCAUAAAACCUUUGUGCGAUAUUCUUACAUCCUCGGAUACCCAACUCGUCAUGCUUUGUUUAGAAUCACUUGAGAAGAUACUGAAGGUGGGAGAAGCAUGCUACACGAGACACGCUGAAGGUGUUUACCAAUGCACUCAAACAAAUGUAAACCCACAUGCUCAAAUUAUAGAAGACGCCGAGGGACUGGAGAAAAUAGAAAGCCUGCAAUCUCAUGAGAACAGUGACAUCUAUGAAAUGGCGGUGAAGAUUCUAGAAACAUACUGGUUAGAAGAAGAAGAAGGAGAAGAGGAAGAUAAAGGAAGACAAGACAUGGUGUAUUUCCCAGUUGAAAACUUUGCAAACAUGCCAACACCCUCAUGUACUCUCGGUGAGAUGCACUGUGGACCUUAAGAGGACAGGCGGCUUGGCAAUCACACACUCAGCUCAUUUGUCCAUACACUAACAGAGAAUCAAGGUUAGAGUUUAUUACAAUGCUUUGGAUAGUAAUGAAAAUAUUGGUCUUUGGUAGUUUAUAUUCUUAAACAAACUGUAAUCCGUACAGUUCCUAUAUGCUGUCUUUUUCUUCAUAGAUUCUUGGACAUUAUAGUUAAAAUCUUCUUUACAUGUAAAUAAGCCACUAUAAAAUUCGGUAACAUCCAGAAACUUACAAAGACUCAAUACAAUAGACUAGUGAUUACUGUCCUAUGUGUACCUCAGGAAACAUGCUUUGAUAUAACAGUGCGAUAAGAAACUAAAGUAUCAGAAAAAUCUGUAGCAAAGCAAUGGAACAAGAAAGACAACACAAUCGAAUUUUUUCUUCAGACCAAUUGGUGCAAAAAUGUGGGGUUCCCAUCAUAAAAGAAUGAAAAAAUGAGGGUUCAACCUUGUUUCUUGGUUCAGAAGAUAAUCUCCUUGAGG